AGUUCAUGUGACUUUGGUUUCCGUUAUUUCCUUCCGCAAAAUCUAAAAUAACCUCUAGAAGGAAGCAAAAAACACAGCGUGAAAAAUGUGCAGUUCUCUUUCAGAUUAUGCAUGUGCCAACCUGACCACAUGUGCACCAUGCUGCUCAGCUAAUUGGCUGCACCGAGUACCACAGUGACACUCGGUCACCUCCACCAACGCUCUACCAAUAUUACCUCAGCCUGUGAUCAUUUUCACCGCUUAGCUCUCUUUGCCGAUGAUUUGAAGACAUUUUAGUGCAUAAUCUGUGCAAGGUAACUCCAUGCUAACAACAAAGUUCAUUUUAGUGGCUUUCACGAAGGAGUCCAAAUUCAAGAUCCCAAGGACCUCCUGCACAGUGACACCGCUUCUUCAUUCCUUUCUGUGGCCCUCAGCAAGUCAAGUGGAACCCAAGAUGAUGUGCUGUUGUCUACGUGCGGACAUCUGCUGAUGAUAUGGCCAUUGUGUCUCUCUGGUACUCAUUUGGCUGUAUGUACCUGAUUUUAUUACAGUGGAGAUACAGUGCUGAUGGAAAAAAGAUUUUCUCACAAAGUGGCUGCCAGUUGGUUUCCAGAAUGGCAGACUGCAGACACCUAAAGCUCUUGUCUGUGCCUCAAGACCUUCCCUCUCAUAUCCAAGAAAUACUUUUAGAUUUCAACCACCUUAAACACUUGGGUAAAAACACAUUCCAGCGGUACAAUGGUCUGAUCAAUUUGAGCUUGAGAUCCAACAGCUUAAUUCUUUUAGAGAAGGAUAUCUUCCAAGAUACAGUAAAGCUAGAGUCAUUAUCACUACAGAAUAACACUAUCUCCUCUGACUACACUCAGGUCGGCACAGGCUUGCUAUCUGCUUCAUCUCUUAAGUGGCUGGAUCUGUCUAGAAAUAAUCUUAAUGGAGACAUGGUGACUACCCUUCUUAAGAACUUAACCUCACUGGAGUACCUUAAUUUGGAUUAUAAUGUUAUCAUGCGAUUGGAUGAUUCCAUCUUUGUAGGACUUGAUUCCCUGAGGGAGCUGAGCCUUCAGGGUAAUUAUAUUUAUGAGAUUGAAGUGGGGACAUUCGACCGUCUUAAAAAACUUAAAACGUUAAACCUUUCCUUUAACCUAUUGCCAUGCAUUGUGGACUUCAGCCUGAUACAGCUCAAGGUUCUCAAUCUCAGCUUUAACCAUAUUGAAUGGUUCCUGUCACGAGAAGUUGAUGCUGACUUUCAACUGGAGAAGCUGGACAUUUCCCACAACCAACUGUUCUACUUUCCACUCUUGCCAAAAAAACAUCACCUCCACACACUGCUGCUCUCUGACAAUAGCAUGAAAUUUUACACUCAUUUAUUCAAUGACAACUCAUCCUUUGUUGAUUAUCUUAUAUUGGAUAACAAUACAAGCAGUACAAUUACUGUAAAUUUAUGGGAAGGGUCUAUCUCAAGCAAUCUCUCUAGUUUACAAAUUAUGGAUAUAAGCAGAAAUCAGUUUAACUAUUUACCAGAUGAUUUUUUUACCAACAUGACUGCCUUGUCUGAACUCAAGCUUAGCUGGAACUGCUUAGAUACAUUUGACAUGUCACAUGGGCGCAUCUCAAAUGUUCUUAAAAAUCUAGACCUCAGUAACAAUAAUUUGUGGGAGCUAAAAAUUGAUACCAGCUCUCAAAUCUUUCCACAGUUACUUUACCUUAAUCUGAGCAAGAACAGACUUCAGGACCUUCCUCAGAAAAUCUUCCACACCAUGACCAGGUUAGACACUUUGGACUUAAGCCAUAACCUGAUUCAACUGUGUUCUCAUCUGGAUUCUGCUGCUGAAGAUCAGGCUUGUGUGGACCUUAAGACAGGAUCUAUUAGGCAUCUUCAACUAGCCGGCUGUGAUUUAAAUUUGGACACUCAGAAUGUUUUCCAAGGCACAGAAUUAACACAUCUGGACAUUUCAUAUAACCCUUUAAGAGGCCUUUAUUUUUUAAAGGACACUGUCAGAACGCUAAAAUUCCUUUCACUUCGAAAUAGCUCAUCCUUCAUUGAUAGAAUCGAUUUCUCAGACUUUUCAAGUUUGGCUACUCUUGACCUCUCAGAAAACAGUCUCACAACAUUCCCUGAAUCUUUGACUUAUCUGCCCCUUCAGCAUUUGGAUGUCCGAAAAAACAAACUCAUUUCAAUACCCUUGUCUGGUUCUUAUCAGCCACUCACAAGGAACCUUAACACUGUAUUUCUAAGUGAAAACCCAUUUGAUUGCUGUAAACUGAGCUGGCUUGAAAUACUUAGGGCAUCCAGAAGUAUCAUUAUCCCAGAUUUCCAAGAAAUGACUUGUAAUUUCUCCAAUAUCUAUAUGACUGUGCCAGAGUUACCUGAGACUGUUCUUCAUAGCUGCAAGUGGAAAUCUGGUGGCACCUUAUUGUCUGUGUUGCUCACUGUGCCUGUCUCUGUAACCUUGCUUGUAGCACUCCUUCUCUUGUGUCUUACAUUCAAACAGCCAGUACUAAAAGUGUUAAAAAGACGUUUUAGAAUGUCUUCCAGUUACUGAUAAAUAAUGUAUGUAUUUGGUCAGUCCAACAGAAAAAUGGUGCAAGUAAAUAGUGAUUAAAAUAUAAAUGCUGUUAUCAAGUGUUUAACUUUGGGGGCUAUAAUUGUACACAGCCACAGCAAGUGGUUGAGGCUCAAGUUGGGCUGAUACCUGAGACUUUUGAUGUUUGAGGACAUUUUAGUUUUUAGAACAUUCAUUCAAUUUUCUAAUGGUUAGUGGGGUUAAGUCGACAAUAAUUUUUGACCAUAGUGAUGAGAAAAUAUAUAUAUCAGGAUGGAAAAAUGUUUUCCUUUCUCAUCUGAUCAAACAAAAUUCCAGCCAUGAAUGUGAUUUCCAUUUGUUAAAAAUCGUACAUAUUGUAAUGUGCAUGUGCUAAGCACAAAAUAAACCCGUUGAAUAAGUUUGGGUUUCCGUUCAAGUAGCAGGUCUGGACUAAAUGUAAGAGUUUUUGAAAUAAAUGAGUUUACUCAAUAAUGCCAAGA